CCGUCCACCCUCUGGGCAUAGCUGUCUACGACGAUUACAAGGCGAUUUUGCGUGUUCUGAAAAGCUGGAAAUCAUUUCCGCGAGUUUUGUGUUUUGCACGGAGGAAAACGACGAAAUUCGUACGUUCUGCUCACGGAGCCCGUGAAGUCGCGACCGCGAGAGCACAAAGCGAAAUCCUUUAGCAACAACAACACCAAAAGCAGACGGAACACUCAGCAAGAUGGUGCUGGAAAGUACGAUGGUCUGCUUCGAUAAUAGCGAUUAUCAGCGCAACGGAGACUACUUCCCGACUCGGCUGAACGCACAAAAGGAUGGCGUUAAUUUGGUGUGCCUGUCGAAGGUGCGCUCGAACCCCGAAAACAACGUCGGACUCAUGACACUCUCGAACACGACGGAGGUGCUGGCCACGCUCACGAGCGAUGUCGGUCGCAUCCUUUCCAAGCUGCAUCUGGUCAACCCGAACGGUAACAUCAACCUGAUGACGGGCCUACGUAUCGCACAUCUGGUGCUGAAGCACCGCCAGGGCAAGAACCACAAGAUGCGCAUCGUGGUGUUCGUCGGUUCUCCGGUGGUGCACGAUGAGGCAGAACUGGUGAAACUGGCGAAGAAGCUGAAGAAGGAGAAGGUGAACGUGGACAUUGUCAGCUUCGGCGAUCACCAGAAGAACAAUGACACGUUUACGGCGUUCGUGAACGUGCUGAAUGGAAAGGACGGCACCGGAUCGCACUUGGUGUGCGUUCCGCGCGGUUCCGUCUUCUCGGAGGCGCUCAUCUCAUCGCCAAUCAUACAAGGAGAAGAUGGUAGCGGCGGUGCCGGGCUCAGUGGAGCCGGAUUCGAGUUCGGCGUCGAUCCAAACGAAGAUCCCGAGUUGGCGCUCGCUUUGCGCGUUUCGAUGGAAGAGCAACGUCUGCGACAGGAAGAGGAACAACGUCGUGCGACGGCCAACAGUGCGGCCGACAGUGGCACUUCGGGCACUGCGGGAACAGAAGCUGCUGCUGGGGCUGCCGUAGCAGGCUCAUCGGCAGCAGGAGCUGCGGCAGCGGCUGUUGCAAGCAGCAGUGCCGGUGCCGCUCGGUCGGCCACGGAGCCACACUCGGAGGAAGCGAUGCUGGAGCGGGCGCUAGCACUAUCCACGGAAAUGGCCGAUGAUUCGAUGCCGGACUUUGCCAACAUGACUGAGGAGGAGCAGAUUGCGUUUGCGAUGCAGAUGUCCAUGCAGGAUGCCCAGGAACCGAUCUCGCAGCCGGCCAAACGACAGAAGCAGGAAGACACGGCGAUGGACGUGGAUGAUGUGAUCGAGAUCGUUGGGGUAUCACCGGCCGAUCUUAUGAGCGUACUGGAGAACCUUCCCGGUGUCGAUCCCCACUCAGAGGCAGUACGCAACGCGGUCGGCUCGCUUAACCGUGGCAAGAAACCGGAAGACAAGGAUAAGGAUGGAUCGGAGGGCAAAAAGUAAGCGUACUGCUACAUGUCCUCCUCACCCGUUGCCCUUUUCUUUUUAUCUUUUGUGUGUUUUUUUCGUGCGUCUGGUUCCGUUUACUGCGAACAGAAUGCAGAUUUGCUUACCGAAAUUCCCGAAACAAAAAUUAUUGGAUAAGUUACACUUGCAUAAGCACUCGUAACCGAAGGAGUUCGUCGGACCGGGUCGGAUUCAUUUGUAAACCGGUUCCAUGCUCUUUUGCGAACGCCGACGGCGAUAUGUCAUUUAAUACAAUGUAAUGAACGAAUAA